GUUUUAUCAGGCUUUGGUUUCACGCGACCCACCUUCUCCUUCCCUAUGUAUCUCCAGUCUACUUCCUCCAAGUUCACAUUUGAAACUUGAACAAAACAAAAACCAAGAGAAAAAGAAAACCCAGAAAGAUGUCGUGGCAGACCUAUGUAGAUGACCACUUGAUGUGCGAGAUAGACGGCCUGCACCUCACUGCUGCAGCUAUCAUCGGCCAAGACGGUACCGUUUGGGCCCAGAGCGCUAACUUCCCUCAGUUAAAGCCUGAGGAGAUAACAGGCAUUAUGAAUGACUUUGCUGAACCUGGAACUCUUGCGCCUACUGGCUUAUUCCUUGGUGGUGUGAAAUAUAUGGUGAUCCAAGGAGAACCAGGAGCCGUUAUACGGGGAAAGAAGGGUUCUGGUGGUGUUACUGUCAAGAAGACCAAUCAGGCCUUGAUUAUUGGUAUAUAUGAUGAGCCUCUGACUCCUGGUCAGUGCAACAUUAUUGUCGAAAGGCUGGGUGAUUAUCUAAUUGACCAAGGUCUGUAAUCGCUUAAUCGCUUAAGCAUUUUAUUGAUACUGGAGAAUUAAGUGUGAGAGUCAAGUGUCAUGAUGGUACUUAAGAAAUUGAGAGACAUGGUUGCUCUUCAAAUCUGUACCCUUAUUUUCUCAAGACUUGUGAUUUGAAUUGUGUUGAUUUUGUGAUGUGAGUAAAAGUGUUUUUGUUAGACCAA